CAACCCUAGAAACCGAAUAUGCCAUCAAAAGUUGUUCGACCUUUAACCCCUCCCAUCCAUAUAUAACCCUAAUUUUUCAUUUCUUUACUCCUCAACAAAUUUCUCAUCGGAACACCACCAGGAAGCACAAAACAAACAAACAAAUUUCUCAUCGGCUCUAUCCAGCUCUGCUAAUCCUCACCUGCACAAAACCAAAACCUUUCACAUUUCACUACAGGUCGAAGUCUAGCAUGGUGGUGUUUUGCUUUCUGGUGGAUCAGACGAAGCAAGUGCGGGGGAGCAAGCCGGCGGCCGGAAUAUGCUCGCGUUGCGGCGGUGGAGCUAGCGUCGCUGAUAUGAAAACCGCCACCAGAUUUUGUUACGUGCCGUUGUACUGGAAGUCUUCGAAAGCCAUCAUAUGUACUUUCUGCGGAGCAGUACUUAAAUCUUACUCAUAAUCUUUCAUCCCUUCGCCUACAGCCGGCCUUCUUAAUUAUCUAUGAUCAAAUUCUAAGUAAUUAGUAUUAAUUCUCAGACUUUUGUUUUAUGUAGUUUGCAGAUUCUGUGUGUAUAAAUAUACAACUAGCCUCUUUCCAUGAAGGAGUGUACAUGAUUAUGAGUUGUUCUACCAUAUCGAAUGAUUAUGGACCAUUUAAUUGAGUUUUUGAUUCAUGAUUUUUAGAUUA